CCCCCCCCCCCCCAACUCCCGGCCCAAGAUGGCGGAGCUGGACCUGCUGGGCUCCAUCCUGAGCUCUAUGGAGCGCCCGCCCGCGGCUGCCGAUGCCGAAACGCGGCGAAGGGCGCGGGAAGAGGCCGCGCGGGUGAAGAGACUGCAGGAGCAGGACAAGAGGCAGAAGGUGGAGUUCAGGAAGAGGAUGGAGCAGGAGGUGUCUGAGUUCAUUCAGGCAACGGGAGAGCCGCGGCGGCGCUUCGAACCCAUGAACAAAAUAGAGAGGAGCAUCCUGCACGACGUGGCGGAGGUGGCGGGGCUGACGUCCUUCUCCUUCGGCGACGACGACGACAGUCGAUACGUAAUGGUCUUCAAGAAGGAGUUCGCUCCCUCCGAUGCGGAACUCGACGCGUAUCGGCGCGGAGAGCAUUGGGACCCCGCGGCCGCCGAGCAGCGACGCCGCCUCCGGGAGGAGGAGGAAGCGGCGGCGCGGGCGGAAGCGGAAGCGGCCGCGGAGGCUCCGAGCGGCCCCGCCCCCCCUUCGCCGUACCGGGAUAAAUACCGACACCUCAUCGGUUGCGAAGCCGCCAAAGCCGCGGCGCGAACCAUGCAGGCCAACAAGGCCUAUGGCUGCGUUCCGGUAGCCCACAAACGCGACACUCGUUCCAUCGAAGAGGCCAUGAACGAGAUCCGAGCCAAGAAACGGCUGCGCCAGGAGGGGGCGGAGGGGGGGCCCUCGGCAUGAGGGGGGAGCUCAUUAGGGAUGGGGG